ACAAACACACACUUCAGGGGAGCGACUCUCCUCCUCCGCGAUGCCGGGAUACAGAGCAGUGAAUAGCGGCGCUUUAACACACACACUCACUCAUGCACUCAUGCAUACACUCUCACACUGAGCGCUGAUGAUGGAAACAGUGUGUGAGUAAAUCAGAGAGCUACACACACAGCACGGAGGAGAUUUAAACCGCUCUAAGAUCUGGAGAAGAGAGAAACAGCCUGGAUGCUAACGGCCUCGGCUGGAGAGGCUAACACGCAGCUGCUAGCGCACUAGCCUAGCCUAGCCUUGCCUAGCUUAGAUUCUCCUGGAGCCGCUGUUGGAUUUCCCCAGACCGCUUCUGGCUGCCUCUCACUGUGGAGUUAAAAACUUCUCAUUGACAAUAUUGUGAAGAAUCAUUCCGGAUUUCUUUCACUUGGUGUUCCCUGUAACUGCUGACCUCUCACUGCCUCUUCUCUGUGCCACUGGCCCUUCAGUUGGGCCAGAACCAUGUGAAGCUUUUCUUAUGCAGCUCCUGAGUGGACUGUAAGACUAUUGCAGUAAUACCCCCAAGUUCUGGGGGGACAUCUUUAACAUUGUCCCCAUUCCCAGUCCUACACUUAAAGGCCACAGCCUUUUUCCUUAAACCCUCACCUCGAGAGGACUCCGUUAGGGUUCGCCAUGAUGUUCCGGGACCAGGUGGGGAUUUUGACGGACUGGUUUAAGGGCUGGAACGAAUGCGAGCAGACGGUGGCGCUGUUGUCGCUGCUCAAGAGGGUUUCGAGGACCCAAGCGCGAUUCCUCCACAUCUGCCUGGAGCACUGGCUGGCCGACUGCACUGAGAUACACUUACUGGAGGCUGAGGCCAACAAUGCAGCCAUAGUGAGCCAGUGGCAGCAGGAGCCCAAAGAGAAGGCCGUGUCACUGCUGCUCUCACAUCUCCCCCUGUUGCAGCCACGUAACAGUGAGGCCAAGUGUGAGUACAUGAAGCUGCUACAGCAGGUGCUGAGCCACACCAUCGAGAGCAGCAUGUUUGUGGAGGAGAGCCGGCAAUUGCUUUCCUAUGCCCUCAUCCACCCGGCCACCACUCUUGAUGAUCGCACCACUCUCGCGCUGUGGCUCAACCACCUUGAGGAGCACCUGUCAGCUCGACCACCGCCUGUACCGUACCACCACCAUCAUGCUCGACAGGGCUCGGACGAAUGGACGGGUCCGACUGAGUCCUUGGAGGUGGCACAUGCAUGGCAUGAUAAACCGCCGUCCACAUGUAGCUCGCCUGCCGGCCAGAACGGGCACAUGGCCUUUCCCAGUGCAGGUGGAGUGCCUUCACCCAUCAACAGUGCAGGCCUUUCUGGUCAGGUACAGCCGAGCUCAGUGACUCGUCCGAUGUCUCUUGUUCCUGCCAACCAGCCAGGCUGCAGCUCUGAUUGGCUGGGCCAGGAUGAAGUGGGUGGGCGCCAGGGUGCAACAGGGGCGGAGCAUGCACCACUGUCUCCUCAGGGCAGUGUUGCUUCGUCAGGCAGCGAGCAGACGGAGGAUCAAUCCAACACACGGAACACAUUCCAGGAGGAUGGCAGCGGCAUGAAAGACGUGCCGACGUGGCUAAAAAGUCUCCGUCUGCACAAGUAUGCAUCCCUUUUCUCCCAGAUGAGUUAUGAGGAGAUGAUGGUCCUUACUGAACAGCAUCUGGAGUCACAGAACGUGACCAAAGGAGCUCGGCACAAGAUAGCGCUGAGCAUUCAGAAGCUGAGAGAGCGACAGAGCGUCCUCAAGUCUCUCGAAAAGGAUAUCCUCGAAGGCGGGAACGUCCGGAACGCCCUGCAAGAACUUCAGCAGAUCAUCAUCACGCCCAUCAAAGCCUACACCCCGCCCACUGCUGCCCAGAGAGAGGUGGAGCCUGGAGCCACAAACACUGACAAGGCAGCCAAUCCUGUAGAAGAGAAAGAUGCGGCUGUAGAGGGCUUUCAGAGCCACAAUCCCCCGCCCUGUGACGGGGAGUCUUCGUCCACGCCCAUCUCAGAAGGAGACAUUCCUGGGCAGUUUACGCGGGUGAUGGGGAAAGUGUGUACGCAGCUGCUGGUGUCGCGGCCGGAUGAGGAGAACAUCAGCUGCUACCUGCAGCUCAUCGAGAAGUGUUCAAUACACGAGGCGUUUACAGAGACGCAGAAGAAGCGCUUGGCAUCUUGGAAGCAGCAGGUGCUGAAGCUGCUCCGCCUUUUCCCACGGAAAGCCAUGCUGGACAUGCCCGUGUACCGACAGAAAGGGUGGGCGUAUGGUUCGAACUCUUUGCCUACAGCAGGCUCUGUGGGUGGAGGCGUGUCUCGGCGAGGACAGAGACAGUUCCCCCUGCCCCCUCGUGGAGCUCCGCUUCCCAACCGCAUGGGCCUCAUCACACACUCUCCACGACACACACUCGCCAACCAGCCGGCCCUCAGCGCACAGGGCAGGCAGAACCUGUGGUUUGGGAAUCCUGGAGGGAGUAACAGCAUGCCGAGUCAGAGCCGGAGCUCCGUACAGAGAACACACUCUCUCCCUGUACACACAUCUCCACAAACCAUGCUCCUGUUUCAGCAAACUGGUACACACAUACUCCUCUCUCUCUCUCUCUCUCUCUCUCUCUCUCUCUCUCUCUCUCACUCUCACUUGACACUUUUUUUAUUUCCUUUCCCAGAAUGCCCGGUUCCAGGGACUGACCUGGAGAUCAACCCCACGCUGGAGUCACUGUGCCUCAGUAUGACUGAACACGCCUUAGGAGAUGGAAUGGAUAGAACGUCAACAAUAUGAAAACAAAAGCAACGGUGGGGAGGAAGAAAGGACAUUUUGCGAUCUCACACUUCACGCAUGUGCGGCCCGGAACGCGCGAUCCUCGCUUUUAAAAACAAAAAAAACAACAACAGGAACGAAACAACAAUUCACUACAGAAGAAACAGUGAGAAAACUAACCGUGUACAUGUGCUCUUGAUAUUUUUCUACUUUAUUAUACUAAGUUUAUUAUAAAUGGAAUACAGAUGACUAUUAUAUGAGAGGAGGAGGAGGUGGCAUGCGUGCGUGCGGGACCGCUCGGCGUCUUACUCGCAUCCCGGAGGAAGGGAAGGGAAGCGUCGCUGUCCGAGUCUCAGACGAGCUCCUCAAACCUGGAUGAACUUUUUGUGCGUAACCGGUAAAGUGAAAGGCACGAUGGAGUGAGCUCGGCUCUCUGGGUUUGAGAGGAAUGAUUUGGUGCUGAUUUUAAGGGCUUUUGGCCUGUUCUGUCGUUCAUCCAGGAGUUGUACACACACACACACACACACACACACACACACACACACACACACACACACACACACACACGGUUCCUGAACCACCUGCAUGUUUAAGCUGCAUUCACAAGGACUUCUUAGUGUCUGUCUAAAAACCUGCACUGUUCAUUUAAAUGAGAACAGCGCUGAACGGGGGGAAAGAGAGAGGAAAGAGCGUAUAGCGGACACACGCGUGCACGUCAGCCAGCAGGGGACGAGACGACAUAGCGACGCUUUGUUCACUAGGAAGUUGAAGUCUAAACAGUCCCCGUGAACGCGCGGCCUUAAUCUUCACAACGAACGCAGAUCAACGUUUCCUUCCUUUUAACCAGUCGCUGCCUUGUGAUGUCAUCAUCGUGCGCCUCAGACUCCUUGCCAACGAAGCGGUUUUGACUUCCAGGCUCUACGUUUGAACGUUCGUCGCUAGGGUUUAGCCACCAAAACGAAAAAAAAACACCCAUAAAAUGAAACGCUCGACCAGUUGCAAAUACUGAACUGUAGCUAGCUAACUAGCUAAUAUAAAGUACUAACAAAAUACUAAACCUGAUCGCUUGGUGGGUUUCAUGUAAAUACGUUUCGAUAUUUAUUCAUAUUCCGCUUUAUUUAUGACACGAGACGAGAACAACACGACGACCUGCUUACUGAAGGACGAUGGUGGUUUCCUCGGAAGGAGUCGACGGCGCACGCUGAUGACGUCAGAGAGCGGUUUAAACAAACAUAGAUGGGGAAAAAAGAAACACAGAUGGAAAUCGCGUUCACACACACACUUACUUCGUACCGACACGCUGCAUGAGAAGCUUCUGGGCACUUUGUGGAUUCCGUUGGCAGAUUUAUUUGUUUUAUUUUAUUCUGUUAAGAACGACACAACACAAUUCUUCAGAACAUCGAUGGUUUGUUGUUGGCUUUUUUUUUUUUUUUUUUGGUGUGUGAUGACAAAUCUCCGGGGAGGGAGAACGAUUUCAGACUUUUUUCUUUUUUCUUCUUCUUCUUCUUCUUUUUCCGGUCCUGAAGCACGACGAGUCGCACACAUUCCAUAUGUGGGCAUCUAAAAAGUCCCAGGAAGCGAGCACGGUAUAGAGUGUCGAACAUCGUGAAAGCUAUUUAGUACAAGACGGUCCCAGAAUUCAGCAAAAGGCUAGCUCGGCAAACGAGCUCCGUGAUUGGCCGAUCGGAGUCAACUUAAGCACCACGGGGGGAGCGUUUGUAGGGGUGUACAGUCAUGACUUAAAUCGUAGUGGAGAAUGUUCGCUAUGGAUACGUCGUCUUAAUCCGCGUUACGCACUUCAAAUAAACGUAAGGAAUAAAGAGUCGUGCAGUUGAGGGUUUGUUUUUUGUUUGUUUGUUCAAACAAUUGCAGACACGUUUCAGUUUUGGACGAACGUCCCUUUUAUAGACACCGUAUUUAUAAAUUGUUGGCACUUGCGUUUUUGAAAAAGAAAAGGGAAAAAAAAAAAAGAGAAAUGAAUUAAUUGAUCACUACAGAUGCUACGCCAGAAUUUGGCCGACGUUUCUCGCUAAAUCUUAAGGCAAAAGAAAAGUUUGAAGUCUUCAUUUCUUGCAUUGACGUGUUUACAAAGCAGAGAGACACAUAAAACUGAUCUUUACGAAGCAGCUGAUUGGGGGGGGGGGGGGGUUCUUUUUUUUUUUUUUUUUUUUUUUUUUUUUUUUUAAAAAUAUAAAAGGCGGAGCUGGACUCAUACGUUCCUUUUUUCCUUUCUCAAGGGACGCGCCAAUCUCUCUCUCUCUCUCUCUCUCUCUCUCUCUCUCUCUCUCUCUCUCUCUCUCUCUCUCUCUCUCAAAACCCAGCCCUGGUUUUUAUUUUUUCCCUCCUCUUCAUCCUCCCUCCCUUACAGUCGAGAGAUUUUAUGACUCGCAACACAAAAAGGUGCUUUAUAUAUAAAUAUAUAUAAAUUUGUGUUUGUUUUGUUUUGGGUCUCCUGUAAUGUCCCCCGAUGGUACAGCCCGCUAGCGUGAUGAACUGUAAAAGUCUUAAAGGCCAUUAAAAAGAAAGAAAACUCUGAGAGUAAAUGAGUGUGUACAGGUCUCAGAUUUGCUCUUUAUUUCCUUCAGAGCCUGAUCUGGUUUGUUUGUUUUUUUUUUUGUUUGUUUUUUUGUUUUCUAGUAAAACUUCCAUGAAAUCUAUAUUUCUGAAAUCUGUGUCUUCACUUUUUUAAAUGUUUAUUUAUUUAUUUUUUUAAAAAGAAAAGGUUUUUGUCAAUAACUUUG